CGUCAUUUUCACCCUGAAAGUGUUGUGCGAUGUAAUUUGAAGAUACUGAAGAUCACUGCUGUUUCGGUCCUCUCGCUUAAACGGAAGGCAGAGAGUGAUUGGAAGUCCAGUGUGCAACUCGUUCCGUGUCGAACGGGUCAAGAAAGGAAGCUCUUAAGAUAUACUGAUGGACAUCUGAAAUAGAAAAAGUCACUGAUUGCAUCGGUAUUGCAUCGGCGCUGCACGACUGGUUGGGCAGAAUGGCUGCUUUCCGAUCAGGCGCUGUUUUGUUAUGCCUUCUGGCAUCAGCCUGCCUUGCAGUAGGCCUCGAGGAGGGCCAGUUUGAGGGGAGGAAGCUGCUUGUGACUGGCAACAAACGAUCAGCGCUGAACAAGCAGAACACAUGCAUGGCAGAGGACAUCUGCGUGCAUAAGUCUUGCGGCAAAGCCUAUGACCACACUGCAACAAACUUCCCCUUCACCAUUGACUACCAGAAGACCACAUCCAGCGAGGCAACCACCUUUGACUUCCAGGUGUGCGCCAAAAGCUGCUCUCAGGAGGCGACCCACUGCGACACCCUGGCGGCCUGGUCACUACGGCUAGACACCGGGCUGGUGUCCGACAGCAGCUUCUUCCAGAGCGUGCAGCCAGAGGGCGAGCUGCUGAGCGAGUGUGCGGAGACGGGGCUGGGCUACAGGUGGGCAGGGAGCGCGCUGGGAGAUCUGGAGCAGCACCACCCCUCCACAGGGGACAAGUGCGAGCACUUCCAGGUGUCGGUGAAGCGGGACCCCCACAUGGCGGGCCACUACUGGCUGACGGACAUUUGCCAGCAGGCUAUUGACAUCGUGUCCAGCAAGUCCGGCUCCUCUGCAGUCACACAGAGCAACAUUGUGCUCAAGGCGGACCGCUACAGCGACGUUGGCUCCUGCCUGGUGCACUACAAGCUGCAGAGUGGAGCGUACGGCUUCACCAUGCUGGAGGAUAAGGAGUAUGCAGAGAAGGACAAGCGAAACAAUGAGGCCAGCGAUGACUCGUCAAACAGUAGAUGACGGAUUGGACAGUGGGAAUUGCGCCUCAGAUUCAGCAAUUGUGACUCACAUUCCAUCAGUUGAUGUGUGCGUCAAUGCAUAUCACAAGGAAUUCAUGACAUUAGCUGUACUGUAGGGCCGAUAUAGUUGUCUCGUCACCACCAUUGAAUGGUACGUUUACAGGCAAGAUUCCUCGUGCCUUUGGACACAGCGAAUAAGUGUAAUCUAUUCCGCUCAGGG